AUGGCUUAUCUUAAACUCGCUUCUUUGGUUGUCUUGUUUGCCACAUUCGGCAUGUUCGUGACUAAGAAUGUAAGAGCAGUAGACUGUAAUGGAGUUUGUUCUCCAUUUGAGGUGCCACCAUGUCGCUCCAGAGACUGUCGAUGUAUCCCCGUUGCUCUUUUUUUUGGUUACUGCAGACAUCCAUCAGGACGUUCAUUGAGGACAGUCGAUGAACACCCCAACUUAUGUGAGUCUGAUGCCGAUUGUGAGAAAAAGGGAAGUGGGAAAUAUUGCGGUCAUUAUCCUAAUCCAGAUAUUGAAUAUGGAUGGUGUUUUGCCUCUAGAUCAGAAGCAGAAGACGUUUUCUCUAAGAUUACCCCAAAAGACUUGUUGAAGAAUAUUGGCGGUGCUUAA